CACUUCCUCCGUGUCGCAACAAUUAAAGUGUAUGGAGCGAAUUAGAUUUUUUGUACCGUUAAGAUUUUGGACUUUAUACGUGUAUGGUUUGAAAAAUACGCCAGGAGAAAAUUCCGUUCCUCCAGUUUAGGAAGUGUGGCAAUAACCGUCGGACUUGUGUGGUUUCUUUCCGGAGGAUAAUAGAGAAGGGACCGGCUCGCUUUAUGGAGUUUCGAAGAACACAGUUGUUGUGAGAGUUUCUCUCGGAGCAUUAUUGAACACAAUGGGGAACUGUGGAGCGUUUGUGAGGACGGCAGCGGUCUUCCUGUGGUUGGAGGUGUGUCUGGUGGGCUGUGAUAUAACGGACGGAAACACGGAACAUCUGAAGAGAGAGCACUCGUUAAUGAAACCCUACCAAGGUGUUGGCAGCAGCCCCAGCAGUCAGUGGGACUUCUGGGGAAGCACGCUGGUGACGAGCUCAUAUGUCCGACUCACUCCAGACGAGAGAAGCAAGCAGGGGUCCAUCUGGAAUACUGUGCCGUGUCACCUGAAGGACUGGGAGAUGCAUGUGCAGUUUAAAGUUCAUGGGUCGGGGAAGAAGAAUCUCCAUGGUGAUGGCAUCGCCAUCUGGUACACGAAGGACAGGCUGCAUCCAGGCCCUGUGUUUGGAAACCAAGAUCAGUUUCUUGGCCUGGCAUUGUUUUUGGAUACCUUCCGCAAUGACCUCCAUGGAAUGGAUCGCUCCUUCCCGUACAUUUCGGCCAUGGUGAACAACGGAUCAGUGAGUUACGACCACGGCAAAGACGGCCGAUCGUCGGAGCUGGGAGGCUGCUCGGCCGAGAUCAGGAACAGAGAGCACGACACGUACCUCGCCAUUCGCUACUCCAAAGGGAGACUCACUGUGAUGGUUGAUGUUGAUGACAAGAAUGAGUGGAAGGAGUGCAUCGACAUCGGAGGAGUUCGUCUUCCUACCGGAUAUUUCUUUGGUGCCUCAGCGGCUACAGGAGAUCUGUCCGAUAACCAUGACAUCAUCUCUAUGAAGCUCUACCAGCUGAUGGUAGAACACACCCCUGAGGAGGAGAACCUGGACUGGACCAAGAUUGAGCCCAGCGUCAGUCUCCUCAAGUCCCCUAAAGACAACAUCGACGAUCCCACCGGAAACUUCCGAGGCACGCCCCUCACUGGCUGGAAGGUCUUCCUGCUUCUGCUGUGCGCUCUGCUGGGAAUCGUGGUGUGCGCCGUGGUGGGGGCUGUCGUCUUUCAGAAGAGACAGGAGAGGAACAAGAGGUUUUACUGAGGAGAGAGAAGAAAUAAGAGCCUUAUCAGAGAGGUGUUUGCUGUGGAAUGAACUGUUUCCAGAUGACAGAUUGAGCACAUUCAAUGUGAAUUUUUUUCUAAAGAUUGUACAAAUGUUUAUAUCUCUGAAGCACUGCAUUGGGAGUGAAUUAUGCUAACUUGUGAUGUUGGUUAGAAGGUGCAGAACUAAUUAAGAGUGACCCUGAUCAAUGCUGUGUCUCUGUGUUCAUUAAUUGCAGGGUUAGAAUAGACUUGCUGUCCUUUUGAACUUGUGAGUUUUUCAGUGUCUUAAAAGAUUGUGUUACGACCUGCUUAUCGGUUAAACAGUUGUUGUCAGCCCUUUUCAGCUUCCUCUGCUGCAGAUGUGAUGCUACAAAAUGGUAAUUUAGAUCAUUUUUGUCUUCCAAAAUGUGUUCCCUGAUUAUUUAUUGGAACAAGAAAAUAGCUCCACACACAAAAAAAACUAGAUAAAACAUCAUGAAGUGUUCAAAUCCAAAUGAAAGCAGCAUUAUGCAAGAGUUGAUAUUUAUUGCAAUUUGAUGCCCCAAUACACCUACACACUGCUGUUGUAAAUAUGGACAGCUGUACAUUUGUUGUGGUGCUUAUUUCGGUGCCGCUUCACAUUAGCAGUCCCCUCGCCCUGGGCCUGAAAUCUUCCUCCUCCAGGCGGUCCAAAGCUCCUAUUCUAACCAGUGAAAACACCAACACCCACCCCUAAAGGUUACAUAGUGCAAGAACAGGCGUACGGGUUGCAGAGUGGCAAUGACAGAGGCACCAUUCACCCUAUUACAAGUCAGUGUAGCAUCAAAAUGAUUUUGAAGCAGUUAUUUUAAUGUAGAGGCGUUGCAUUAUGUUGCUUUAAGGCAAGAGAAUUCUGUGUUUUAACCCAUGGAGAGAGUUGUAUUUGUACAUUUACCCUUCUGUGUUACUGUCGCUCUCAUUCUGACAUUUAGGAAAAACAUUUUUUUAAAUUGAGUUACAAUGUGCUCUCCACGUAUAUUUUCUAGAGGAUGAAUUAUGGAAAGGGUAUCAAACAAAAGUACUGAGUGCUCAAUUAUCCUAAAGUUUGUGUCUAUUUUUGUUUUAUUUUUAAUUCUCAAUAUGAACAACCAUAUGUGCCCGUCCACAGCUCAGCAUCAAAGAUUUACAGCACUACGA